GAAACGGACCAAGAUGGCGGCGCCCAGUGAGGGGCAAGCGUUUGCCGCGGGGGUUGAAAAGAAUUGGGGUGCAGUCAUUCGCUCUCCAGAAGGGACCCCACAGAAAAUCCGGCAGCUGAUAGAUGAGGGGAUUGCCCCCGAAGAGGGAGGCGCGGACGCGAAGGACACGUCGGCCACAUUCCAGUCAGCUGAUGGAUCACCCCAGGCAGAACAGCCAUCAUUGGAAUCUACAAGCAAAGAAGCCUUUUUCAGCAGAGUAGAAACAUUUUCUUCUCUGAAAUGGGCAGGUAAGCCCUCUGAGCUGUCUCCUCUUGUCUGUGCAAAAUACGGCUGGGUCACGGUGGAGUGUGACGUGCUCCAGUGCUCCAGCUGUCAUGCUCUUCUCUGUGCAAGUUUGCAGCCAGCUUUUGACUUUGACAGAUAUAAGGAGCGAUGUGCAGAGCUGAAGAAAGCCUUGUGUACUGCCCACGAGAAGUUCUGCUUCUGGCCAGACAGCCCCUCUCCAGAUCGAUUUGGGAUGUUGCCAUUGGACGAGCCUGCUAUUCUUGUUAGUGAAUUCCUAGAUCGUUUUCAAAGCCUUUGUCACUUAGACCUCCAACUUCCCUCCCUGAGGCCAGAGGACUUGAAAAGUAUGUGUUUGACAGAAGAAAAGAUCAGUCUUCUACUACACCUGCUGGAAGAUGAACUCAGUCGCCGAACUGAUGAGAGAAAACCUACAACUAAAUUAGGCUCAGACAUCCAAGUCCACGUCACUGCCUGUAUUCUGUCUGUGUGUGGCUGGGCGUGCAGUUCUUCUUUGGAACCCCUGCAGCUCUCCCUGAUAACAUGUUCACAGUGCAUGAGGAAGGUAGGGCUCUGGGGCUUCCAGCAGAUUGAGUCGACCAUGACAGACCUGGAUGCAUCCUUUGGCCUGACCAGCUCCCCCAUCCCAGGCUCUGAGGGGCGGCCAGAGCGCUUCCCUCUAGUGCCUGAAUCUCCUCGCAGGAUGAUGACUCGGAGCCAGGACGCCACGUUUUCCCCAGGCUCAGAGCAGGCUGAAAAAAGCCCAGGUCCCAUUGUCUCCCGAACUCGGAGCUGGGACUCUUCCAGUCCUGUUGACCGUCCAGAGCUGGAGACGGCUAGCCCCACAACCAGAACCCGACCGGUGACCCGAAGCAUGGGAACAGGGGAUACCAGUGGCCUGGAAGUACCUUCUAGCCCUCUUCGGAAAGCCAAACGAGCUCGCCUGUGCUCUUCCAGCAGCUCGGACACAUUUUCUCGAAGCUUCUUUGAUCCCAUCUCUCAGCAUAGAGACUGGUGCCCUUGGGUGAAUAUCAGUCUUGGCAAAGAAACCAGGGAGAAUGGUGGAACUGAACUUGCUGCCAGCACCCCAGCAGAGGCGGGCUGGAAGGCAGUGCUGACCGUCCUGCUGGCCCACAAGCAGUCUCACCAGCCCGUGGAGACAGACUCCAUGAGUCUCUCUGAGAAGUCAAGGAAAGUAUUCCGAAUAUUCCGGCAGUGGGAAUCUUUAUGCUCACCCUGAAGACCUCCAACCCUUUCCUGGAAAGAAAUGGCACAAGAGUGACUUGUUGGCAAAUAAAGUCUGAAUUCCUUUUGGCCAGCUGAUCGAAAGUUUUCUCCAUCCUGGUUUAAUCAUAAGAAGACCCUGGUGUUGCUAAGCAGUGAGUGCCCGCCCUCCCUCUGUAUUUGACCGAGAGGAGACCGUUUCCGGGUUGGGAUGUGAACAGUGAGGCACAACAAGCCUGGUUCUGUUAAAGGAGUGCAGGGUUGUGAAACCAAACGGAGGACCAAGGACUUGAGCACGCAUUUCAGUGUCAUUAGCGUGAGGCCAUGUUCAGAGGGCACUUCUAUCCCAGUUGUAUUAACAGAUGUGUUAAUAAAUAUUUGCUAAGAUUCUUA